AUGAAUGGUGUAGAUUUAAUGGAAUGGGACGGAUAUAUAUAUAAUGUAGAGGGCGAAAAAUGCCUGACUUAUCGCAGUAGAGACGAGAACUUGUACGAUUAUGUCAAUGAACCUGAUUCUGUGUUCGUAAAUCAUCAACUAAUAAAGUGCUUGAGCAAAAAGGAGCUUUUCGUUAGAAUUUUGUUAUACCUUCCACUAUUCUUGGCGCCAAUUUUUGUGCCUCUAUUUAUGGAUGUUUUGUAUGUUUCUGAAAGAAUGACCAUGGAGUUCGAAAACAUGACACUUCCCGAACUAAAAGCAGUGUUGUCAAAAAAUAAACUCGAUACCACAGGGAAAAGAGCGGAUCUACUUUCAAGACUUUCAAACUAUUUUAAGAAAAAUAACCAGGAAAAUUCAAACCAAGCCUCUAAAAACUCAAAAUCAAAAGCUGGAACGAAACCUUCAAAUAACGACGCUAAUAAUUCCUCUGCAGACUCUGUUAACGGCGUUGACUCCGUAAAUACAAUGGAAUCCUCUAAAAAAUCUGACAAUAAACAAGAAAAAUCCACCUCUAAACCACAAAACUUAUCUGAAGGAAAAGAAGUAACGAAGAUGUCGAUGGAGGAGCGACUCUUACUAAGAGCAAAGAGAUUUAACCUCGAAACAAAGCCUAGUUCAGGUGUAAAGGCAGUGAAACUGGUCUUAAAAGAAGAUCCGGAAGCACUUAAAAAAAGAAGUGAAAGGUUUUUUCACACUAUAAUUAAUUAA